AUGACCCUGGGGAUGGUUCGUCAACGAUACUGGAUUCCUCGUGAACGCGCGGUGGUGAAGAAGUGGCUGCACCGUUGCGUGGUUUGCACUCGAUGGCGGGCGACCAUUCCCCAGCAGCUAAUGGGCAGACUUCCACGGGAGAGAGUAACAGCGGGGAGGCCCUUCCUCGACACCGGCGUUGACUACGCCGGCCCAAUUCAGCUGCGAACAACCAAAGGACGAGGCCAGCGGGCCUACAAAGGAUUCAUCGCGGUCUUCGUCUGCCUGUCUACCCGUGCCGUGCACCUAGAAGCGGUGUCCGACUACACUGCCGACGCUUUUCUGGCGGCCUUGCGUCGAUUCGUGUCGCGCCGUGGUCUCUGUCGAACCCUCCGGAGCGAUUGCGGAACCAACUUCGUCGGCGCCGACGCGCAGUUGCGGAGUUUCUUCGCCCCUGGUAGCCCUGAGUUGCAUCGGAUCGUCGGACAGCUUGCCGGCGAUCGUAUUAAGUGGCAGUUCAAUCCUCCGUCGGCGCCUCAUUUUGGCGGAAUUUGGGAGGCCGCCGUAAAGUCCUUGAAGCACCACCUGCGGCGAGUGUUGGGUGACGCGACCCUAACGUUCAAGGAAAUGAGCACCCUCCUCGCCCAGGUGGAAGCCUGUUUGAAUUCGCGACCGCUUCAGGCGUUGUCCGACGAUCCUGAUGACCUAGCCGCCCUCACUCCGGGUCAUUUCCUGGUGGGAUCUCCGCUGACGGCCGUGCCUGAGCCUUCGUUGCUGGAGUUGCCCGCUAAUCGCCUGACUCGUUGGCAACUUCUGCAGCAGAUGCGGGACCAUUUCUGGGAGCGGUGGUCCCGCGAGUAUCUUCACUCUCUCAUCCAUAGACCGAAGUGGCGGAGGGAGGCUGCGGAUUUUCGCGUGGGACGUCUGUGCCUCAUUAGAAAUGAGAAUACUCCGCCGUCGCGCUGGCCACUCGCCCGCAUUAUGCGAGUACAUAAGGGGGAGGACGGGCAGAUCCGCGUCGUCACUGUCCGGGCGGCGGCGUCGGAGUUUACGCGACCAGUCGUCAAACUUAUAUUGUUGCCGGUUUGCGAGAGCGAGCAGAGCGGGGUGCCGCCUGACUAG